AUGGCGUGGUUUGUGGCGACGUUCCUUUUGUUCGACAGCCUCGAAGACUUCGAGGGUCUGGCCAUAACAGAUGUAGAAUUUUAUGACCUUUGGCUAGGUUUCCUCUCGGUGAGCUCAGAUUCUCAAGCAAAGUCCGAUUUGGGGCGCGGAGUGAUGCCGGCUCUCGAUCUGGGCGUGAAGCACGUUAACGAUCACCCAACCAUCCUCAGGAACUACAAACUCCAUGUGGUGUGGAAUGAUACAGAGUGCAACACGGCAAUUGCGACGAAGGCGUUUUUCGACCUGAUGUUCAAGGAGCCCGUGAAGGUGAUGCUCUUCGGCGCGGCGUGCACACACGUCACUGAUCCCAUCGCUAAAGCCUCCAAGCACUGGCGCAUCACUCAGUUGUCGUACGCGGACACGCACCCGAUGUUCUCGGCCGUGAAGUAUCCGAACUUCUUCAGGAUGGCCCCGUCGGAGAACGAGUUCAAUCUGCCACGCCUGCAGCUACUGCGAACCUUCAACUGGACGAGGAUCGGCACGCUCUAUCAGAACAAACCUCGGCAUGCGCUGUCGCACAAUCACCUGCUGAGUUUAUUGGAUAACAUGGACGGAUAUGAAAUCGCAGAGGCUCAAUCGUUUGCCGACGAAUUGAAAGAUCAACUGAACAAACUUAUCGAGAAAGACGUUCGAAUUAUAUUGGGAAAUUUCGAUGAAGAUUGGGCCAGGAGGAUAUUUUGUGAAGCUUACAGGAAGAAAAUGUACGGCAAGAACUACCAGUGGAUUAUAACAGGAAUGUACCGAGAGGAGUGGUGGGCUUUGGACGAAGAAGUUCACGGACCGCAGGAGAGGGAGACGCACGAGACUACCGUCAAUCCUGGCGGUCACCAGAGUCUGCCCAACGACACCGAGGGCAAGUGUGCCGUUGAGGAGAUCAUGGCUGCCCUCGAGGGUUGCAUCAUGACUGACCUCUUACCCAUAUCGUCCCACGACCGACCUACCGUAUCCGGCAAGAAUGUGUCGCAGUACGAGAGUGAAUACAACGCUGUGAGGAAGGAUCAGUACUCUCGCUUCCAUGCGUACACGUACGACGGUGUGUGGAGUCUGGCGCUGGCCAUACAAGCGGUGGGGCACAAACUGCACCGCAUGAACCAUAAGAACAAGACAUACAGAACUGUCCAGGACUUCAGGUACCGCGAUCCCAUCUGGGAGACGCUGUUCCGGGAGGCGCUCUCUGAGGUGCACUUCGAGGGCGUCACGGGGCCAGUACAGUUCACUGAAGACAACACACGUGAAGGCUACAUCCUCCUGAAGCAGUUCCAAGGAGGCCGCGAAGUGGCCAUCGGCGUAUAUGACGGAUUUGAGAAAAGUCUCGACUUGGAUAAGAAAAAUCCGAUUUACUGGCCGGGUGGGCAGCCGGCCAAGGACAGGACGACACGUAUCAUCGAGAAAAACACCGUCAACAUCCACUUCUACGUCGUGCUCGUCACCAUCUCGUCUCUGGGCAUCGUCAUGGCCGCCAUUUUUCUGUCUAUCAACAUUCACUACAGAAAUCAAAGGUACAUCAAGAUGUCGUCACCAUACCUCAACAACCUCAUCAUCAUCGGCUGCAUACUCACCUACACUUCAGUCAUCUUACUGGGCCUAGACUCAGAGCUCACGUCCGAGACGAGCUUCCCGUACAUAUGCACCGCUCGAGCCUGGGUUCUCAUGGCCGGCUUCACGCUCGCUUUUGGCUCGAUGUUCUCCAAAACCUGGAGAGUGCAUUCCAUUUUUACCGACGUACAGCUCAACAAAAAGGUGAUCAAGGACUACCAGCUGUUCAUCGUGGUGUUCGUGCUGCUCUGUUUCGACAUCGCCAUCAUGACGACCUGGCAGAUCGUCGACCCGUUCUACCGACACACCAAACUCAUGCCCGCAGUCAGAGGCGACAUCGACAUCAUCCCCAUGAACGAAUACUGCAAGAGCGAAAAAAUUUCCAUUUUUGUCGGCUGCAUCUACGCCUACAAAGGACUGCUUAUGAUAUUCGGGUGCCUGCUGGCAUGGGAGACGAGAACAGUAGAUAUUCCUGCUCUGAACGACAGCAAGUACAUCGGCAUGAGCGUCUACAACGUGGUGAUCAUGUGCGUGAUAGGCGUGCCUAUCUCCUACAUCCUCAGCGAUGAUCAAGACGCUUCGUACAUCAUAAUCUCAGUGUUCAUCAUCUUCUGUACUACCGGCACGCUCUGGCUGGUGUUUGUUCCUAAGUUAAUUGAACUAAAAAGAAAUCCUUCUGGUGCCGUUGACAAGCGCAUCGCAAUCAGAACGACUCUUAAGCCUCCAAAGCGGCAAGAAUCUGAAUCGGACGUGUCGGAUCUGCACGACCAGAUGAAAAAAGCUGAGAGUGAGAGACAAAUGCAGAAGCAGGUGCUGCGCGACAAAGAACAAGAACUACAAGUUCUGCUUCUCAAGUACGGCGAUGAAAUUCUAGAGGAGAUAGCAGCCGAGAAGGUGGCAGCCGCCAAGAUUCUGGCGGCCGCAGCGGCAGUGACGGAGGCCAGGGGCGCCACGCCCGACACCAGCAGAGCUUACUUCGAUAUUGGCUGGGAAGGUCCAUCAACUGGAGACGCAGCUGAAAUAACUGAGGAGACUUCGUUAUGUUCAAGUCACAAUGCUGAGUAUGUGACAUCUCACUACCCCCUCUCUACCCUCACCACCUCCACUACAUCCAUUCACCAUACACAACUUACAACAAACAACCACACUCACGUGCCGAACUCUAAUAACAACAACUUGCCCGUGGUUCCCAUUCCAGCAAUCCUCAAUCCGUUCCCAGAUGACUCAAAUGUACCCAAAUUAAAUGUCCGUUCAUCUUCUGAGUUUGAUCCCACCGCCACCGCUCCCCCAGAAAUAACCCCAAACAUUUCCUCGAAUAUUAUCCCUGAUGCCAUCACUUCGCCAGAACAUAGCCUUAUUGAAACCUCUACUUCUGAAAUUGUUAACUCCACCUCCAAAGAUGAAGACCUAGAUCGGGUCACCCGUAGCCGAGGCGUGUCGUUCGUCUCACCAUCUCAGACGCCUCGCGACAUUAGCAAAAGCGUCUCCUUCAGACUCGAGGGCGGGUACACCAAGAGUGAGGGUCAAGUCGAGUGCAUCGCAAUGCAGGAUCUUGCACCGCCGCCACCACACCCCAUCCUGCCUUCUGCGCCUCCUUCAGAACCUGCCCCAGCUCUACCACCUCGCGGCCGCAAGGCGCAGGAAAGAUUGCCUCCCAUAUCAUCCGUCGGCUACUCAUCGACUUACUGCCAUGACUACAAUCCAGGGAUAAUGCAACACGAGAUGCAGUUAAAUUCAAUGGAAAAUCCACCUUUACCUCCUCGCAUGGACCAGCCCCUGUAUCCAGCCCCUCAGUAUCCUCCUGGAGUAGUCAUGAGCCAGCGUGUGGAUAUGGAAUCGGCCCUAGACCGUAGAAUGUCCUAUGGAUUUGGUCCUAUAGAAUCAGCAGUGCCGUCAAUGAGUGAUGAACAAGAUUACCAUUACAAUGAACAUGGCAUAAUUAGCAGUCAAAGAAGGCACGACAGCAGAAGACAAUCCCGAGGAAACGAAUUUCCCCUUUUGCCGAUGGGCUCAAGCCGCAUGGCCGAAGGCCAAUGCCCGGACAACUAUUCUCAAGUGCCUCGUAAUGUUUAUGUUCCUCUGAACAACCUUGAUGAUAGAACCAACUUUACAGCCAGACGCCCGCCUGAUCUUACUAUCGUCAACAACACAAUGGCAGGCGCAGCUCCCACUAUCCAAAAGAACAGCAACAUUCGGGCCAAUAUGAACCUAAAUCAAAGAGUUUCCACUUCGCGACGGGCGAGUGAGCCUCCGCAUCUGAUUGGUGCAGACUCUUACCGCGUUCGCAAUCGUUCCAAUGAAGAAUUAAACCCUCGGAUCCCUCUUACUGAGGCUGACUUCGAGCAGGAGUAUAAGGAAGACUGGACUCGAAGAAGAGACAUGGAGGAGCGGGAAUCAUCAAGGAGCAUAUCACGGUCCAGGCUGAGAAGAGAUAGUUUCGGAGAAGUUGUAUCACGACGUUCGCCGUCCCAAGACUCAAUAGGCAUAUCAAGGGGAAGUCGAAGUUCACCGCUUCUAGAUCGACCGCAGCUCGAUGAACCAUCAAGAGAUCGCUACACACCUGCACACGACACGUGGAGUGUCACGGGACCUUCAUCUCGGGCCUCACCCACGCACGACAGCCCCGAACAUCAGUGGGUGUCGGGGGGCGAUGGCGGGCGCGCCGCUUCGGAGGAGAGUCUGGCCACGAUGAGCAGCCGCGGCAGCAUCUACAGCGUCACUUCGGCCCGCAGCGACGCGCUGCCACGCCGCCACUUCAGAGCUGCCAACGCACGCGCGACGCGCCCGAAUCCCCUCCCCCACCUCCCACCGUUCAUUCUCAACGGGGAAAUGUCCGACUCGGUCGCCUCGUCCGACGACAUAGCGAACCCGACGGUACGAGGCUCAGCCCGCGAACUAAUGAGCCUUCACCGGACAACGAGCGAACCACACUACAACUUCGAGCACCUGGAGCUGGAGAACAGGCUUGCGGAUCCGGUUUUUCUGCUGGAACAGCAGAGACAAAUGGAAGGUCGCGGAGGGACGCUAGCUCUGGGCGGCACCUUGCCAAGACAUCACCCACACUAUCAAGAUCCGACGAGCGAUUACCCGACGGCCAAGGGCCGUGGUAUGGACGGCUCAGGGGUGUCCGCAUAUACUUCGUCACUCCGGGGCAGAUCUUUCUCAGGGAUCCGAUCGAGAGCGACCACGAGUUCAGUGGCGGCAGCCCUCAUGGCUUCCAAAGCCCGUAAUGUUUCGGACAACGCGCUGGACCACAGCACCUCAAUACUGCCCAUAUUUCAGAAGCUUCUGAGUGAGAGGCAACGCGGCAUACAGUCAGGUAGAAGAGACUGCGCCAUGUCUUCUUGUCCUAACAUUACAAUUAAAUGUGACAUCGUCGAGUACCUAUGAUGUGACACAUCUUAUAAUGGAGCCACUACACAUCAAUUUUAUUGCUUAUUUAUCAGUUCGAGAAGUGGCUGGAGUAGAGUGAUCAAUCUUCGGGCCGGUUGGUUUUGCGAAACUACUUUGUGUUACACCUGAAAUGGCGAAAAAUUCGUGCGAUCGUACCCGACUGGCCUGUUGCUCAAGCGAUAUCGUACGUUCGAAAGAGAUUAAUGUACAUAACUUUGCAUUUACUGUAAAGUAAGUAUAGAUUAGCAAUAUGUGAGGGAGAGGAAUGAUAUAUGUAAAUGGGUUAUACAGUAGUAUAAAAACGGGCAUUUUCUUGUUAUUACUUUCACGAGUCACGUUGCACUGGUGUUGCUCGUUCAAACGGCUAGGAUUGUUGUGUGUGUUUUUUGCUAAAUGUGAUAACAAGAGGUGCUUCAUCACAACACUAGUAGAAGGUAAGCCCUCAUCCCUCCCUCAACCCUCGGUUCUGGUGCGUGCAUCGUAAGAUGGAGCUUCGCGCUACCGCCCCUCCUCUUUUAGUCUUUAAUUCAGCAGAUGUAUCGCAGUGAACUGCUGUGUGAGUGUGGCGAGUGUUAUCUUAUGAACAAGCAUGAUAAGGUUGAGGUGAAAGCAAAGAGAAACGAUUGCAUGAGUUAUAGAAAUUGAAAUCACCGCGAAUUUAAGUUUUGCUCUUCCGCUUUUUUCCUUAUUAAACACUGGAAAAUUCAUUCGAAUAAAGGUUCAAAUUUUUUUUGAUAAAAUGGUUCUUGUAGGAUUGAACUGCCAAAGUUGUGUCAAUUGUUUCGAUCAACUCGGAAGCCUGCAACUAACCUUCUGAUUAAGGACGUUUCCGUUUAUGACUUUGAAUGGUUAUUUUAUGAGCGCUUAAGUAAAUCAGUCUGCAUUAGUAGUUUCCAAUAGCCUUUAAGGCCUGUAAAAAUAUUCAUUUCUCAGUUGUUUACCAAUUGCUUGCAGUCUACAUCAAUUUACAACGUUAUAAUCGCACCGUGUUUCGGUUCAAUUGCACUAAAGCCAAAGGUUUAACCUAAUUUUUCUAUUCAUAAUUAUUCAUUGCAUCUUAUUAGAGAAACGCUGCUCAAAUCACUGGUAUUCACAUUUUAUUAAUCAAAUUCACUAAAAUAAAUCACACACCGCCAAAAAAAUCUGUCACUUACCUGGUCAUCCGACUCUCAGUUUGUUGUCUUUCUGUUAAUGAAGUUUGAUAUAAGUUAUUUGUUUUUGAUGAGCGUUACUUAGCUAGAAAUGUCACGCUAAAAUAAAUUGACUGUUUCGAGGAUGAAUUGUAAGCUGUCCAGGAAGCACGACAGCUCACAAAUCACAUAGAAUUUUUAAUAAAAAGUCAAAUUUUUAAUUUCUCUUAAAAUUUUUGUUU